AGAAACAUUUUUUGGAAAGCGUCGAGCUCUCGUGUUCUAGUCGACACAGCAUCAAACGUUCUCCUUCGUCAGCAGCACUAUUUUGUUGUUGUUCUUCUACCCAUCGCGCCGCAGCUCACCAUACUUAGCACUGCAUCGUGAUUGUCUUUGCUUGUUUUCUUUGUCUUUUUUUUGUUGUGGCAUUCGUUUCCAGCGUGCGUGUGUGUGUGUGUGUGUGUCACUCCUUCGUUCGAGUAUUUUUUCUUCUUUGCCUAUACAUUUACUUUGCAGCUGUUUUGUUUUGUUUUGUUUUGUGUGUGUUCAAGACGGACGGCGCUGACAUCUUUCACGCUGUACUUUUCCUUUUCCGCCUUCACACUGCAUCUCUAGCAUCAAUGGGCGGAUGUCCCUCGACUCCCCACGCCUUUGGCAAGCGCUCGGCCAAGUACGUGCCGGCCUGCACGGCGCUCACGGAGAAUUACUUCGCCACGGCCAGCCCGAGCGAGAAUGAGGCGGCGUGCUUCUUCGCGUCGCUGCGGAUGGCGCUUCGCGGCAUGAUGCACUGCAGCAAGGAGGAAGCGAACGAGUUCUUGAUUGGCUCGUGCGACCGCAGCGUCAGCACGAGCGCCUUUCUCGACGGCUUUCUGUCGAAGAAGAACACCGCGAACGUCGCCCCGGACCCGACGGCGGCGAAGAUCAUGCAGGUUUGGAUGACGUACGACAAGGACAACAGCGGUGACCUGAACUACCGAGAGAUGAAGAAGCUCGUGGUCGGGCUGAACUUUGCCGAGGAGCUCGCGGAGGAGAUUUUAAAACCGUUUCGCCUGAAUCGCAGCCGCACCAUCACCUUCGCGCAGUUCGAGAAGGUCUACGCGGAUACGAUGAGCUUCAAGGAGCUCGGCUACGUCUUUCAGGACCUCGCGAAAGGAAAAGAGACGAUCACGCGCGACGCCUUCGACGACUUCGUUCGCGAGGUGCAGGGCGAGUCGUGGGACGAUGACACGAUCAACGAGAAGCUCACCAUGUUGGGCUGCGUGAACACGACGGACAUCACGGAGAAGGACUUUGUUCGCUACUUAAUGAGCGACUUCUUUGACGCGGCCAUCGAUGAGGAGAAGCUGGAGACUGUGUACCAGGACAUGGACCAGGACAUCUGCUGUUACUUCAUCAACUCCUCGCACAACACCUACCUCACCGGCGAUCAGCUGGCGAGCGCGUCGUCCACGCAGAUGUACAAGAAGGCGCUCCUGGACGGCUGCAGGUGCGUGGAGUUGGACUGCUGGAACGGCCCACGCGGGGAGCCGAUCGUCUACCACGGCUACACGCGUACGUCGCGCAUUCUCUUUGCCGACUGCAUCCAGGUCAUCAAGGAGUACGCUUUCACCACCUCGCCCUACCCCCUCAUCCUGUCGCUCGAGGUGCACACGUCGCUGGAGCAGCAGGACCGGAUGGCGGAGAUCAUGGAGGAGAAGCUCGGCGACCUCCUCUUUAAGCCGACGUGGGGCCCGGGCGAGAAGCCCGCCUUCACCUUUUCGCCGAACAACUUAAAGCACAAGAUACUGGCCAAGACGAAGCGGGUGGAGAGCGCGGUUGGGGAGGUCGGCGUGGACAAGGACGACGACGACGACAGCGAGACGGACGCGGCGUCGCUGCAAAACAACGCCGCCUACGCCCAGAUGAAGAAGGACAGCAAGGCGGAGCCGAAGGAGACGAAGGUGUCGGCGAGGCUGUCGGCCCUCGUGUCCAUUGAGUCGACCGGCUACAAGGGGGUGAAGGACCUGUCCUACCUGGCGAAGAAGCAGCCUUACCACUGCUCCUCCUACUCCGAGAAGAAGGCGAAGACGGUGGCCGACGAAGACGCCAGCGCGCUGGUGCGGAUCAACGACACCUACCUCAGCCGCAUCUUCCCAGCCGGCUCGCGCUUCGACAGCAGCAAUUACGACCCCCAGCCGCACUGGAACACCGGCUGCCAGAUCGUGGCGCUCAACUGGCAGUCGAACAAGACGUUCAGCUGGCGGCUCAAUCGCGGCUUCUUUAUGGACAACGGCCGCUGCGGCUACCUGCUGAAGCCGGACUACCUGCGCCCUCGGACGUGUGCCGCCCCCAAGCUCGAGAAGCCGUGCUCCGUCUUCGUGGAGGUCAUCUCCGGCUUCUCGCUGCCGAAGCCGCCGAAGGGCAGCAAGUCCGACAUCGCGGACCCCUACGUCUCGAUGUUCCUCGAGGGCCCGAACGUGGACAAGAAGCCGAUCAACACGCACACGAUCCACAACAACGGCUUCCACCCGGUGUGGCGCGGCACGGGAAAAACGGAAGGCGCGUGGACGGUGUACAAGUUGGCCAUGACGACGUUGGUGAUGCAGAUUUACGACCGCGACAAGUACAGCUCCAACCAGCUCUUGGCGGAGGCGAUUAUCCCACUGCGUGUGCUGAACAAAGGCUACCGCAAGGUGCCGCUGCACGACCCCGCGGGCUACUUCAUGGCGGGUAGUUGCCUGGUGUGCAAGAUCAGCUACGCAAAAUCGGAAGAGGAUUAA